ACGCGCAAAGAAAGGAGGGGAAGCAGAGGAGGGCCGGAGCGCCGCCGGCCACAUCAACAUUCCGGCGACCCCGGGCGCGGCGGCAACGACUCCGGCGACGACGGCGCGGUAACUCCGGUAACUCUUGGCUGUCCUGUAGGGGGUUCCCAUUGCCGGGAGUUGGAUUAGUCAUUUCGUGCUUCUGCUCCGACUCGGGGUCUAGGUCGGGAGUUCUAUCUGCAAUCCGAGCGCGGCCGGGAGUUGGAUUAGUCACUCCAAUCCGAGGCCCCGCUUCAUAAAUAAGGGGAGGGGUUCCAAGACCUAUAAGUAACACACCAUUGCCAGGUUAGAUAGAUAGAUCUGGAUCCCCAUUGUCGUCUCCUUGCCCUUCCGGCUCGUUUCUUCUCCUGUACUGGCGACCUCGUAACCACCAGAACAAAAAAAAAAAUCAAUCUUUAGGGCCGGAAGAUCCAUUGCAGAAGCAUGCCUAAGCGUCAGCACUCGCACCUCGACGGCGACCGCACCGGAAAAAAGCCGCGGCGUGCGCCGAAGAAGCACCUCUACCUGGUGCUGGAUGAUUGGGACACGGGCUUCAGCAUCUACAAGGUUGAUGCCGACACUUUGCAAGAUACCUGCACCAGCGACGUGCAGUUAGGGUUCCCUGGCCCUCCCGUCCUCCGGUUUCCUGUGCCAGUACGCCAUCUUGGCAUGAGCUUCACGGCCUUUGGUAACAGCAUCUUCAUCGCCACCAACCCACACUGUCCACAGACUCCCAUCCUCGGAUAUGAUACCGAGAUAGCGGGAAUCACCAUCGGGCCAAGCCUACCACGUUCACUGCUUGGCGGCAUUGACAUCUCUGUGGCCGCCGGUGAUAAGUUGUAUGCAUUGACAUCUCGCCAUGACGGCGAGCAGCACUCUUUUGAGGCCAUGUCUUGGGCAGCCACGGGAAGCGAUGAGCUUGAGGAUCCACGGCCAGCCAUGGAUUGGUCCUGGAAAAGGGUGCCAUCGCCACCGCCAUUUGCCAUGGAUGAUAUAAUUUCCUCUUACGCGCUGCACCCGGAUGGGCACACCAUAUUCAUGUCUGCACACGACAGUCUUUAUCAACAUGUUCCAAAGGGUACCUUCUCAUUUGACACCAAGCGUUCUGAGUGGAGGUGGCAUGGGGAAUGGGCACUACCUUUCCAAGGACAAGGCUACUACGACAGCGAGCUAGACGCAUGGGUUGGGCUCCGUAAAGACGGGUACAUUUGUGCCUGUGAAGUCGCCUCCCGCAGCCGCGAAAGUGCUGUGCAGCCAUAUUGUAAGAUUGCGAAGGAGAAGUUGUUCCUCAAAGUCCCGGAGCGGCGGCUGGCAGCAAUAAGGGCCACUCUCGCGUACAUGGGCAACAGCAACUUUUGCCUUGUCGAUUGUGUGCAGCGCGAAGGAGUGGAGCCUACAUGCAUCGUCGAUUGUUGCGUGCUCCAUAUGAGCACGUUUGGGCUUAAGUAUGAUCACAGGGGAGAGCUGCAAACCACGCGCCACUGCUCUAGCUCUUGUGUAGUGUCCAAGCAUAUCCUGUCCUUUUCUCCUGUAGUGUUCUGGAUGUAAUUAAGAAGUGUUUUGCUUGUUUUAUGCAAGACCUGCUGUGUAAUCUUGAUGUAAACUGCUGUGAUAUGUGGCACUACUAUGAAGAGAAAUAAAAAGAAGUUGGUUCCCUUUUGCAAUUUUCUUGAACCUGAGCCCAGAGAUGGUCACAUGUUUCAAGAACUAAAAGCGUUGUACUUUUGUGCUUGCGAUAUCACAAUUGACAGGGAUUAGAAAAGGUGGUG